AUGGCACGGCUAGUAACCUUGCUGGGACUGUUUGCACUCUUGGCUGCGGCCACUGUUGUUUGUGUGACCGAUGAUGAUGUCGAAGCGCUGUCUUGUGGAUACGUUAGUUCCCAACUGAAUCCAUGUGUGGGAUACAUAACCAACUUGGCGAAUAAACCAAGCAGUGCUUGCUGUAAUGGAGUGAAAAAGGUGAGCAAUGGCGCGCGUACGAAAAAAGAUCUCAUAGCUGUUUGUAACUGCAUCAAAGCAGAACUCCGCAAGCUCGGAAAGAAAUCAAAUGCUUCUCGAAUCGCCAAUCUUCCACAUCAAUGUGGAGUCUCCAGGAAUUUCCCCCCCAUUGAUCCUCACUACAAUUGUGCUCGUUGGAAGAUCAUGGGGAAGUUCAUAGUCGAAAUUGAGGAAGCAAAAGAAAUUGAGGUUCAAAAGGGUGAUGGAAAGACUAGAGAAUGUUAUUCAAGGGGUCCAGUUUAUAGGAGUUCAUUAGCAAAAGAUGGGUUUAAGCCUCUUGCUCCAGGACUUGACUGUUGUUGGGACAUUUUCUUUAAGUCUGCCAAGGAUUAUGCCGGAAAUCGGAUGCUGGGAGAGCGUGAGAUGGUUAAUGGAAAGGCUGGUAAAUAUGUUUGGAUGACAUAUAAAGAAGUGUUUGAUUUGGUUUCCAAGGUGGGGAAUUCCAUUCGCAGUUGUGGCGUUACACCAGGUGACAAAUGUGGAAUUUAUGGUGCCAAUUGCACGAAAUGGGUCGUCAGUAUGCAGGCCUGCAACGCUCAUGGACUUUACUGUGUUCCUUUAUAUGAUACACUUGGUGCUGGUGCUAUUGAGUAUAUAAUUUGUCAUGCAGAGGUUUCCAUAGCUUUUGUGGAAGAAACUAAAGUUUCUGAGGUGUUAAAAACAUUUCCAUCAUCUGGAAAGUACCUGAAAACCGUUGUGAGCUUUGGCAGGGUUUCCCGCGAACAACAGGAGGUUUCUAUGAAUUUUGGAUUGAAAAUCUUCUCUUGGGAUGAGUUUUUGCUACUGGGACAAGGCCAGCAAUUUGAUCUUCCGGCAAAGAAGAAGACAGAUAUCUGCACAAUAAUGUACACCAGUGGAACUACUGGUGACCCGAAAGGAGUGAUGAUUUCCAAUGAGGCCAUCCUUUCCAUCAUAUCAGGCGUAGAUCAUCAACUGGAAAGCAUAAGUGAAGAGUUCAGCGAAAAAGAUGUCUACCUGUCGUAUCUUCCUUUAGCACACAUAUUUGAUCGUGUGGUUGAAGAAUUGCUGAUCAACAGAGGCGCCUCCAUAGGGUUCUGGCAUAAGGAUGUUAAACAAUUGCUUGAUGACAUAAAAGAGCUCAAACCGACCGUAUUUUGUUCUGUCCCUCGAGUGUUAGAUAGAAUAUAUUCGGGUUUGACAGAGAAGGUUUCUUCUUCUGGACUUCUCAAGUCUACAUUAUUCAAUGUCGCCUACUCAUACAAACUGCGAAACAUGAGCAAAGGGUACAAACAUUCGGAAGCAGCACCAAGGCUAGACAAAAUCAUUUUCAGUAAGGUGAAAGAAGGUCUUGGAGGGAAUAUUCGUCUCAUAUUAUCUGGAGCUGCACCUCUGUCUUCCACUGUGGAAACCUAUCUACGAGUUGUCACAUGUGCUCAUGUGGUUCAAGGAUAUGGUUUGACAGAAACCUGCGCUGGUUCAUUUGUGGCAAGGCCUGAUGAACUAUCAAUGGUAGGUACAGUUGGCCCUCCGUUGCCAAUUGUGGAUGUGUGCCUUGAAUCGGUCCCUGAAAUGGGAUAUGACGCGCUUGCAAGCACGCCUCGUGGGGAGAUUUGUAUAAGGGGAAAGUGUUUGUUUUCAGGCUACUACAAGCGCGAGGAUCUCACGAAAGAAGUCAUGGUCGAUGGAUGGUUUCACACAGGGGAUAUUGGCGAAUGGCAACCAGAUGGUAGUAUGAAAAUUAUUGACAGAAAGAAAAACAUCUUUAAGCUUUCCCAAGGAGAAUAUGUUGCAGUUGAAAAUCUAGAGAACAUUUAUGGCCUUGCUACUUGCAUUGAUUCGAUAUGGGUCUAUGGUAGCAGCUACGAGUCAUUUCUGGUUGCCGUUGUCAACCCUAACGCUGAAGUACUCGAAUCCUGGGCCGAGGAGAAUGGCAUAACUGCAGAAACAUUUGAUGCGCUUUGUGAAAAUCCAAUGGCAAAAGACUACAUUCUAAAAGAACUAACCAAGAUUGGGAAAGAAAAACAGCUGAAGGGCUUUGAGUUCAUCAAAGCUGUACAUCUGGAUGCAACGCCAUUUGACAUGGAGCGCGACCUUCUUACCCCAACUUAUAAGAAAAAGAGAGCUCCUUUUCUGAAACAUUACAAGCAUAUGGUUGAAGAGCUUUAUAAGAGUGCUAGAUAA